AUGAGUUCUUCAAGCAUAGCACGAAAGGGUCGGCACAAAAAGCAAACACGCUUGACCUUCGAUCCGAUCUCUGCUGAGGAACCCUCAGGUUCACCUACGAAAAGUCAAGGACCGUCGCCUGCGAAGAUUAGAUAUGAGAAAACGAAUGGUGGCGCAUCUGCGAGCAGUGGAGGAAGAGUUACACGCAGCGGCAUGUCUUCAGGUUCACCAUUGAAGGAAAGUUCAAGUAUCAAAGGAAAGUUUGGAAAAAAGGCGAGGGAUGGAAAGAUCAGUUUUGGAUCGUUACCUACGCCUGCGAAAAGCUCUCAGAAAGACGAUGAUACUAUUGUAGAUUCUGGAGUGGCCAGUGGAUCACGUCGAAGCACACGAGGCUCACAAAAGGCGAAACCAAUUAUUGAGGAGCCCACAGAUUCAGAAGAUAAGUCUACGAUUGAGGUCGAGGAGGCAAAAGCUCCAUCACGAAAGAAUAAGAAGGAAUCUGCUGCGACAGAAACCACGGACGAUGAGUUGGAUGUUGAAAUCACAAGUUCUGAGAGAAGAGGUUCUGGAAGCGGUCCAUCCAGGGGACGCUCAUUCACAGGCCGAGGUUUUAUACAAGGUGGAAGCACAUACAACGCACCUCUGCCUUCAUCCGGCAAUCGAGGCAGAGCGCCAAAAGCCUUAGUUCAUAGUCCAAAACCUCCGACUCCUUCUAAGAGUACUCCCAAGAAGAGAUCGGUGACAUUAUCAGACACAAGUGACGAUGAUGUAUUUACAUCAAAGUCUAAGCCUAAGUCAUCUCAACGUCCUGGCCUAUUCAGUCAAAGAUUAGCUGUGCCAAUUCCAAGCAGCGAUGAAUCUUGUGAAGAGGCCAAAAAUGAUUCUGAGGAUGAUAUACUACCAUCGUCUACUAGACGUCGACAAGCGACAAGAACGGCCCCGCCAAUUACUCUUGAAGGUGAUUCAGAUGACCCGGACGAUGAGCCCCCUACUUCGCCAAUGAAGAGGAAGCGUCCGGCGAUAAUUUCUGACGAUGAGGACAGUGAUAUUGGGUCGCCCGUAAAGAAAACGAAGGUCUUGAACGGAAGUAACUCGGAUGAUGAUUUGCCACCUAUGACUAAGCUAUCCAAGCCCACUCCCCCUGAAUCUGACAGCCCGGCUCCUUCUCCACAAGCCAACCGAAAACGUUCGCCUAAGAAGCACAGAACUGCCAAGCAAAAACAAUUGGAAAUACUCAAACGGAAGCGUGCUGGAGAAAGCAACCCUGUUCUUACGGAUUCCGAGUCCGAAGACGAGGCUGGUGGCUUAUAUGAUUCAGAUAGUGAUGCAUUGACUACUUUUGAAGAUGAGGAAGAUGAAAACGUAGAAGAGGAGGUACAAGAUACACGCAAGCGAAAGUCACCCAAGAAGCCUAUACGAGAGAACGAGGAUGAAUACGAUUCGGAUUUCGUUGACGACGAUGAUGAUGGCCUCAUUGGAGUUCCAGAUUACGGCAUGAUUCCCCUCCAAUUCACCGCCGCAGCUCAUAAACCUCUCAAGGAACAUUUCAAAGAAGCGGUUGAAUGGUGUGUUCAAAAUAAAAUUAAUCCCGGUUUCAAUCAGAAUCUUAUGCCCAUUUACAAAUCAGCGUGGAAUAAGCUUGAGGAUGCGUACAGUGGAUUAAGCGGUAGCAAAUUCGUUUCUACUUCAUGGACUCGCGACUUCACCAAAGGUCUCUAUGCACGUCCUGAUUUCUCCAGCAGGAGACUCGCUCCCGGAGAAGCAAUUGAUAUUUUGAGCGAGGUUAAAUGCGAGGCAUGUAAUCGUAGGAAGCACAUCCCAACGUGGGGGAUUUCUUUGAGGGGAUCCGCAUACUACAAGGAGAGCUUGGCUGAAGUAGAAAAGGAUGAUAGCAGUAGCGAAGAAGAUAAAGAGGAAGAAGAUUCUGAUGAUGAGAAAGAUACACGAAGUUUGAAUAGUAGAGAUGAACCUCUACCACCGCAGGACAAGGAGUACAUGGUCGGCGCUGUCUGCAAAGAAAAUGCGGAACAUGCCCACACACUCAUCCAUCUGAAAUAUGCACUCAAUCAGUGGGUCAUAGGUAGUCUAGAAAGCAAAGGUCAUCUUACCAUUGCGAAACUUGCUCAGAGAGAUAAGAUGAGCGCGAAGAAACGACAGAAGGAAGUUAAUGGGAUUGUGGAUCAGUGGAAGGAGGAGAAAGAAAUUAAGGAAUUGUAUCGUAUCUGGAAACAACAAUUGGAGACGGCUCAAAAUGCUAGUACAACAGGGAGCCGUUAUUGA